AUGACAACGAAAGAAACCAUCGACAACCUUUGGAAGGAAGGGCUGUCAGGAAGCGCAGAUCUCAAAGACAAGGAUAGGAGCCCCUAUCACGAAUUUUCGGCAGGAACCUUCCAAGACUUUGAAUGUGCGGCCGAAUGUAUUGAAGUAUCGUUUAGGCGCGGUAAUGAGGUAAUUGCGAGGAAAAAGCCACCUGGACAUAUGCGCUCAGUUCCAGGCGAUGUUACUAUUGUCGUGAAUGGUGGGAAUGAGGGCGGAAGAGCAAAAGUGUGGUAG